UUUUUACAUCACAGCGUUAAAUCACGUGACUGGACUCGUUUACUGAUCUCAUUCGGGUACUUCCGGCCAUUUUACUCGGCUCCGCCCACUGUUUAUUGUUUUAUUAGACUCCGCCUCUUAUCUCAUCCAAUACGGAGCGCGCUGCCCUUCCCCCUCACUUCACACAAUCCGCCUUUUCCUGUGAAAACCAUGUGACUCCGCCUCUUAGCUACAACCAAUCGCUGGGGACUUCACGCUUAUCGGAUUAGUCCACGCCUCCGGACUCCGCCUAUCACGGUGACCCUAUCCCCUGACAGACUUCUUCCUCCCGCCUUAAUUAAGCCCCGCCUCUCUCCUGAAGCCAAUCGUUUGUGUCCUAAUGUCUCCGCCUCCUUCCUGUCUCCUCCUUCACCGUGGCUCCUCCCCUUGCUCCUCCUCCGGUUCUCGCCCAGUUUUCGGGCUGUAGUCGGUGACCGGGAGCGGCGAAACAUGGAGCGGCCGUUACUGUCGGAGAGCCUGGCCAAGGUGACAUUUGAUGAUGCUGCAGUUUACUUCUCAGAGGAACAAUGGCAGAACCUAGAGGAGUUUCAGAAGAAAAUCUACAAAGAGCUCAUUAAAGAAAUCUAUGAGACGAUGCUGGCCCUGGGAUACCGCAUCCCAAAACCAGAAAUUGUGUCCCGAAUCGAGCGCGGGGAAGAGCCAUGUGUUGACCCAUGCAAGAAGCCAAAACAGCAAGAAACUCAGCCACAAGGCGCUCCAGAUGGCAGUAAAGACUCUGAGCCGGUGAUAAAGAUCGAGCGAGAGUCUCCAGAAGCUUCCGCACCAGUCACUCCCAAUGAGAUCUCGUCUUCUCAGGAGCGCGGUGGGGCUCAGUGCUCGCGCUGUGGGACGUGCUGCAACAACCAAUGCGGUAGAAUGGCAUUUCAGUGGAGCGGUCAAGGGAUGUAUCCCGGAUCUCCUAUGGACACAAAUCAUGGGAAGCCAUAUAUGACUCCUCCGCCCUCUUACUUCAAUGGGAGCCCAAUAUCGUAUAAUAAUAGGGGUGAAGGAAUGUCCCACCCCACCUCCCCGAUGGCUUCUUAUGGGAAUGCAGGAAUGGUCCCACUGUCUCCACACUAUGCCGGUCCUGGCUACAGAAAUGCUGCUGAACCCAGCUCCCCAUUUCAGAUGCCUGAGAGGCCAACAAAUCCAGUGUUUGCUUUCGAGCAAAUGCCCAUGGGUCCCCCUGCUAGUCAUGUGGAUCUAGACAACAGAAAUCGAAACCCUCACAUGCAAAAUGCCAUGUUCCACGAUAGAAGAAAUCCUGUGCCCCCCUGUCCGGGCUGCGGAGCGUACUGCAAUAAUCAAUGUGGAAUGAACGUUCACUGGGAACAAAGAAGAUUGCAUCAUCAGGUUCCUGGGCCGGUGGAUGUAGCUCAGGGGCACCGAUACACUUCUCCCCCCAACCCAUACUUUAGCGGCGGAGCGAACCCUGCCUCUUUCUCCAAUAUACGCCCUCCUGUCAGACACGGAACACCGCCAGUAAAUGUUCAAGGGAAUUCGGGGAUGAUACAGAUGUCGGCACCUUAUCCAGGAUAUCGCAGGCCCGGUGAUAAGUCUCCAAAUGUUUUUCCCAACAAACCCGAGCACCAUGGAAACAAUACAGGAGCUGCUUCACCUCAUCAUGGGCCCAACCAGGGUGUCAAGUAUGGAAUGGUCCCUGCAAACAAUAGUGGGAAUUACAGGAAGUCGCAAUCUAUAUCUCCAUUGGCAGCUAUCGAAACCAUGCCAGUGUUUUCUUCCAAUAACAGUCCAGGUGCUGUUGGUGACCAGAGAAAUAGACCUCUUCCCCAAACAGUGACCAGCAGUGAUAAUAACAGAGACCGGAACACAAUGAACUCCUAUACCAACGGACGACAAAACCAACUUAAUUUCUCCAACCACGGUGCCAAAAUCACCAGAGUACAGCCGGCAACAUCGGCAACAGGCAAUACUGCUGGCCAACUAAAGUCUGGGGAUACGGCUGGAAAUAAGAGUUCCAUGCCAUCAGAUGGAGGGGGCACGGCUUCCAAAAACACUUUCCCCUCAUCCUCCAGCUUUAUUGGUCAAGUGGUGGAGCAGGUUAUACUCAAUGAAAGUCAUGCCGCAAAAAGGUCUGCUGUCCAGACAGCCUCGGAAAGUGGGAUUCCUACAAAGAGAGCCAGCCCUACGGUGAUCAUCGUCGACUGCGAUGAAGAGAAGUGCACACAGACUCAAAAAGCCACUGGCAAUAAUAACCCAGGUUCUGCUUGUGUUACUCUUUCAACCACUAAAUCCAGUCUUCCUUCAGCUCCAGUUGCAGGUGGAAGUCAUGAUUCUAAGAAAACUCCACCACCCGAAAAUAAGCGCCCAGAGACUCCACCCAUUACGAUCAGUAACGUGCGGAGUGGUGGCCUUUUCCUUACUCCGCCUUCCAAGGGAAUAAAAGAAACAAUGAAGGACUCUGGUCCAAUUAUAAUUAUUGACGACAAAGAUGGAGAAGGAGCGGCACCACCUCGUGCUUCACCUGCCAGUAGCUCAAAUAAAGCUGUGACCCCACCAGUACCCAACACCAAGGUUAACAAGGAGCCUUCUCCUGCCCCGCCUCCUGCUUCCUCAACCAACACCACCAUGCAACCUCAAGGCGGCCAACAGGGAGCUGCAGUUUUGGUCAAUAAAGUUCAGAUGCAACAGCCUUCGCCUAUUAUUGUCACUGGAGGUGCCGGUCUUGGCAACCAGCCAUUAUCUGUCCCUGUAAAUGGCAACCAAAGUAUCAUGCUUACCUUCCCUGUCACAGUUGGUAGUUCAGGAAUCAUGCUCGCAACACCCAUGACCAACAGAGUGCCAAUAAGUAAAAACACUAGACUCGUGCCAACAAACACAGUCACUGCUUCCAGGAACGUCAACCCUAAAUUCAGCUCUGUAGCGGUGACCCCAGUAAUUGGUCAAACAAAUACGCUUCCUGUGGCUGUGCCUCCCGGACAUGCAAAACCUGUGGCCAUCAAUGUCAACCAAUCCAGCAAUCUUACCGGUGCUAUUAAUAUAAAGAACACUAAUGUCAACGGUGGGACACUCAAGGCUGUGCCAGUAUCUGCUGCGGGGAAUCAAACAAUUCCGCUCUUUGUAGAUGCCAAUUCUGGUCUUAUUCUAACCGGGUCAGCCGUUCCUUCCAAGGAUAAUGUCCCCUCCAGUAUUGGCAACGCCACCGUGGUUGCUGUUAAUAGGGGUGUUGUUGCUGGGAAUGUUGCUCCCGUAACUUUGGGUGGAAAACUGGCAUUUGGCAAUAUCGCCCCCGUAAAUGGACUUUACAUUGGUGGCAAUUCUCCCGUUGCACUUGCAGGAAAUGCCAACAAAGGAACAUUAAGUAUCAACAAUCCCACGAUCCUUACCUUAAAUGGUGGCUUGGGCAUUGGCAAUUCACGGUCUGUCACGGCACCCAUAGCGAAUAUUGCUUCUGUCAAUGCAAAUAGGACUUUGCAGGUGGCCCAAGCCACAGCUUCUAGUGUGGUAGGUGGAGCCAGUCAGCAGAAUAAUACCGUUAUUUUACGGAAGAUCGAUGAGAAGAGCGGUGUAUCCAACCAGGCCGGCACUGAGCAGCAGCCAGCUGUUGUAGUGGAAAGACUGUUUAAGUGCAGCGAAUGUGACGAGAAGUUUAAUUCUCUCGAGAACUUGACUUCCCAUCGAGCCAUUCACAAGCCGAGAGAGGUCCCGGCGGGCGGCCAUGUUGGCCAGUCAGCCUCCAAAGACUCUGGUGAUAAUGAAGCUCUUCCAAGAACAGGAGACAAUGAUGCUCCAACCAUUUUGUACACUACACAAGGAGAUGACGGCAGCACUGUGUAUGUGGUGACCGUGUAGGUGCGGCAGCAUAAAGAUGUUACAUUGUCCUCGA